UGAAAUGUAUUUUUGUGUGCCAUGGAAGGCAGGAUCUAAUUUUACUUCCCUGUGGAAAAUCAGUUGUGCCAGCUCCAUUUAUUGAAUGGUGCAUUGCUCUUAACAUUGCAAAUGUGUCAUUAGUAUAUGCGUGGAUCUGUCCCAUUAUACUCUUUCCUGUGCUCUUACAAUCAGCCCUCUAUAUCUGUGGGUUCUGCAUCUGCGGAUUCAACCAACUGAGGAUUGAAAGUGUUGGAGGAAAAAAAAUUACAGAAAGUUCCAGAAAGUAAAACUUGGAUUUGCUACACCUAGCAACUCUUUUUUUAUAAAUUUUUAUUUAUUUAUUUAUUUUUGGCUGCGUUGGGUCUUCAUUGUUGCGUGCGGGCCUUCUCUAGUUGGGGCGAGUGGGAGCUACUCUUCAUUGUGGUGCGCAGACUUCUCAUUGCGGUGGCUUCUCUCUGUUGCGGAGCAUAGGCUCUAGGCACGCGAGCUUCAGUAGUUGUGGCACGUGGGCUCUAGAGCGCAGUCUCAGUAGUUGUGGCACAUAGGCUUAGUUGCUCUGUGGCGUGUGGGAUCUUCCCAGACCAGGGCUCGAACCCGUGUCCCCUACAUCAGCAGGUGGAUUCCUAACCACUGUGCCACCAGGGAAGACCCACCUGGCAACUCUUUACAUAGUAUUUCCAUUGUAUCUACAACUAUUUACAAAGCAUCUACAUUGUGUUAAGUAUUAUAAGUAAUCUGGAGAUGAUUAAAGUAUACGGGAGGAUGUGUAUGUGUGUGGGUUAUAUGCAAAUACUAUGCCAUUUUAUAUAAGGGAGUUGAGUAUUUUCAGAUUUUGGUAUCCUAUUGGGGUCCUGGAAUCAAUUCUGCAUGGACACCUAGGGACAGCUGUAUCUCACUUUUAUUACCACAGCUUUAUAAUAAGACUCGAUAUCUGGUAGGGCAUGGCUCUGCCUUAGUUCUUCUUUGGCAUUGCCUUGGUUAAUCUUAGAUCAUUACUCUUGUGAUAUUUAGAGUCAUUUUGGUCAGAUUAUCAUGAUAUGUCCCGUUGCAGUUUUGCUUGUACAGAAUUAAUAGAUUCAUUUGGGGAGAACGGACAUUUUUGUGAUAUUGAGCCCUCCUGUUUAUGAACGUUGUCUGUUUCUCCAUAGGUUUUGUUUUUUUAUGUGUGUGACCUUCAAUGAAGUUUUAUCAUCUUGUCCAUAAAGUUACAUUUUGUUUUGUUAGAUUUCGUAGGUGCUGUAUAGUUUUUGUAGCUGUUAGGAAUGCUGUGUUUUUGGUUGCUGAUUGUUAGUAUAUGGGAGUGAUAUUAAUUAGUCUGUUGACCUUGUAUAUGGCAAUCCUGUUGAACUCUUAUCAUCCCAACACUGGGUUGAUACUCUCAGAUUUUCUAUGUAGGUUGUCUUUUUUCUUCUUCUUCUUCUUUUUUAUUUUGGUUGCGUGGUGGCAUGUGGAAUCUUAGUUCCCCAACCUGGGAUCAAACCCAUGUCCCUUGCAGUGGAAGCACGGAGUCCUAACCACUGAACUGUAGCUUGUAUUUCUUUUUCUGUGACUUAAUGCAUUGGCUAGGGUCUUUGGUACACUGUUACAUAGCAGCUGGGUGAGGGAGCAAGCAUCUGCCUCUUGUCGCUGACUAAUGCUAAUGCUUCUGUUGUGUUCCCUUAGCGUUGUUAUGAAACAGACUUGAGUGCUAGGAGUGCCAGGGUCUUGGCCUGCACUCUAAGAAUCACUACUCUUAUGUGUGGUAUGCAGAGUUGUGUUCCCUUUUUUGUUCUUAAUAGUAUUCCCUUUUCCAUCUUUUCCCCUUCCCCACAUUGGACUUGCCAGACGUUUGUGUAUUUUUUUUAAAUUAAUUAAUUAAUGGCUGUGUUGGGUCUUUGUUUCUGUGCGAGGGCCUUCCCUAGUUGCGGCAAGCGGGGGCCACUCCUCAUCGCGGUGCGCGGGCCUCUCACUAUCGCGGCCUCUCCUGUUGCGGAGCACAGGCUCGAGACUUGCAGGCUCAGUAAUCGCGCUCACGGGCCCAGUUGCUUCGUGGCAUGUGGGAUCCUCCCAGACCGGGGCGCGAACCCGCGUCCCCUGCAUUGGCAGGCAGACUCCCACCCACUGCGCCACCAGGGAAGCCCUGUUUGUGUGUUUUAUUAGCAUUUUCAAAGAAGCAAGGUUGAGAUUAUUUUGUUUCUUUAAAUUGUGUUUUAUUUUUUUUCAUCUUCUUUCCUUGAAUUGCUUUCUUAUUCUGUGCCUGGUUUCUUGUUGAAUGCUUAGAUUAUUAUUUCAAUCUCUUUGUUAAAAUAAGUGCAUUAAGGUUUCCCUUAAGUAGUCUUUGUUUCCAUUUCCACCUUAAUUUCCAUUUCUAUGUUUUUCUUGAAGGGGGGUCUUUUUUAAAAUCAGAUAUUUCUAGUGGAACAACAAUAUGAAAGUUUGUCAAAUGAUAUCAGCCUUUGGAAUUUUUUGUGUUAUAUAUAUACACUUUUUAAGAUUUAUUUUUUGUUAUUUAUUUUAUUUUAUUUUUGGCUGUGUUUGGUCUUAGCUGUGGCACGUGGGAUCCUUUGUUGUGGUGUGCGGGCUCUUUGUUGCAGCGUGUGGGCUUCUCUCUAGUUGUGGUGUGUGGGUUUUGUCUUCUAGUUGUGGUGCGCAGGCUCCAGGGCGUGUGGACUCAGAAGUUGUGGCGCGUGGGCUUAGUUGCCCCAUGGCAUGUGGGAUCUUAGUUCUCCGAGCAGUGAUCAAACUGACAUCCCCGGCAUUGGAAGGCAGAUUCUUUACCACUGGACCACCAGGGAAGUCCCUGGAAUAUUUUGAAACUUUCUUUUUUGCCUGGUAUGUGUUGUUUCUUACAAUAUUCAGCGUACAUUUUGAAAAAGUGUAUUCUCUGUGCUUUAAGUAUUCUCUAUUUGAUCCACUCAUUUCUGAGGGAAGUGUGUUAAAAAUCUCUCAUUCCAGGGGAGGGUUUGCACGUUUUUCUUUGGCACUGCACUUAGCUUUGGCUUUCUACACUUCGAGGAUUUGUUUGUAGAUACACAUGUUUGUAAUUACAGCUUUUGGUGGAUUUUUCCUUUUAUUAAUACCCGGUGUCUGCUUUUGUUCCUAAUAAUGAUUUUUGCUUUCAGUCUUGUUUUGAUUGGUAUAAACAUCACUAGGGCACAUGCAGCAAAGCAUGUUCAGCUCACAAACACCGUGCUAAGGGGAAGAAGGCAGCACGGAGUGCAGAAGGCAUAGCCCCUCUGACAGAGUCUGCAGGGCGCUGAUCUGUGCUUCCAGGAGCCAGGCAGAGGCUCUCCUGGGAGGCCGGCAAGGAGGCAGAGCCUGCAGCGGCGGCAGGGCUGCCAGGGCCUGGUUCUGUGGGCCGGGCCCCUCGAGCUGUGUGUUCGGGUUGUCGACUCUGCUGUAUAAAUGUCAUACUCCAAAAAACAGCUUUAAAGAUACGGAAAAGGUUAUAUAGGUACAUUUUGUGUAUCUAAUUGGAGAGUCUUGCGGUCCCAGUAGCACCUGAGUGACUGGCUCCUGCCUCCAUCCCCGGGAAGCCCAGGCUACUAGGCGAUGGCAGCUUUGCAUCUGUCUGCUCUGCCCCAGGCUGAAGUGACCUUCGAGGACGUGGCCGUGCUCCUCUCCAGGGAGGAGUGGGGCCGUUUGGGCCCUGUUCAGAAGGGCCUCUACAGGGAUGUGAUGCUGGAAACCUACAGGAACCUGGUCUCGCUGGGAGCUGGACCUGCAGGCCCCAAGCCGGAGGUGAUUACACAGUUGGAGCGAGGGGAUGAGCCGUGGGUCCUGGACGUGCAGGGGAGAGAACGACCGACCAUCGAUGGCUCAGCUCAUGGGACCAGGACUGAGAACCAGGAGUUGACUUCAGGCGAGAUGCUCUAUGGGGAAGAACUGGACCGACUCAGGGGGAGUGUUCUCCAGGGACCUGAGCCAGGAGAAGCCUGUGAGCAUGUCAGGGAGCCAGAGGGGAGCAUGGACGGGCCUGUGGAGCAGAGAGGCCCCAGGCCAGUCACCCUGGCCAACAAGGAGAGUGGCCUGGAGUCUGGGGGAAACCUCAGGUUGGGGUCAAGCCCUCUCCCUGAUCAGAGACCUCACAAAUGUGAUAUAUGUGAGCAAAGUUUUGAACAGAGAUCAUAUCUUAAUAACCAUAAGCGUGUACACAGGUCCAAAAAAACAAAUAUAGUUCGUGAUUUAGGGGAAGUUUUCACUGCAAAUUUAGUUGUUAAAGAAGAUCACAAAAUUCCUAUUGGGAAAAAAUUGCAUUAUUGUGGUUGCUGUGGGAAAGCCUUCAGGUACAGUGCUAACCUUGCCAAGCACCAGCGGCUGCACAGCGAAGAGAAGCCCUACAAGUGCGAUGAGUGUGGGAAGGCCUUCCACCAGAGCUGCGAACUCAUCAAUCACCGCAGGAUGCACUCCGGGGAGAUCCCCUACCGCUGUGAUGAGUGCGGGAAGACGUUCAAUCAGAGGCCCAACCUCAUGAAGCAUCAGAGGAUCCACACUGGGGAGAAGCCCUACAAGUGUGGCGAGUGUGGGAAGCACUUCAGUGCCUACUCGUCCCUCAUUUAUCACCAGAGGAUCCACACUGGAGAGAAGCCCUACAAGUGCAACGACUGUGGGAAGGCCUUCAGUGACGGCUCAAUCCUCAUCCGACAUCGUCGGACUCACACUGGAGAGAAGCCAUAUGAGUGCAAAGAAUGUGGCAAAGGCUUUACCCAGAGUUCUAACCUUAUUCAACAUCAAAGAAUUCACACUGGAGAAAAGCCCUAUAAAUGUAAUGAAUGUGAGAAAGCCUUCAUCCAAAAAACCAAGCUUGUUGAACAUCAGAGAAGCCACACCGGAGAAAAGCCCUAUGAAUGUAAUGACUGUGGCAAAGUCUUCAGCCAGAGCACCCACCUCAUCCAGCAUCAGAGGAUCCAUACGGGAGAGAAACCCUACAAGUGCGGUGAGUGUGGGAAGGCCUUCCACAACAGUUCCAGACUCAUCCACCAUCAGAGGUCACACCACGGAGAGAAGCCGUACAAAUGCACUGAUUGCAAGAAAGCCUUCAGCCAGGGCACAUACCUUCUGCAGCACCGGAGGAUCCACACCGGGGAGAAGCCGUACACGUGCGGCGAGUGUGGCAAGGCCUUCCGGCACAGCUCCAACAUGUCCCAGCAUCAGAGGAUUCACCUCCGGGAAGACUUUUCCCCGUGACUGGGGGAGGCCCCUGAGGUCUGCUGUGCACUUCCUGCAUGUGACCCACCCAGCCCUUUACUUGCUGUCCACAUAGUGUUGUCACAGGUGAAAGGGCAUUUCUAUCUAAUUAAAAAAAGUCUUAAAACAGAAGCAGUGCAUGUUCAUUUUAGAGAAAUCGAGUGAGAAACGUAAGCAAACAGGAGAAACUCCUGUAGCCUCCCCUUAGACAAAGAGAACUCACCACCACUGUGCCCGGUGUAGGUGUCGUCCAGACACACCGACAGCAUCCUCAAGAGAAGUACUGUGGUGCUUUCUGUGCAGCUCGUUUCCUCAAUCCUGGAAAACUCACACUGGAGAGAAUUCUAUGUGUUUACAUUGUUUUACACAUUGUAAAUUUUUAAAAAUUAGCGUAUUGUUCAUACUUUUCUGUAUCACUUAAUAGAAUUAAUAAUUGCCUUUUUUAUUGUGGUAAAAUAUAUACAACAUUACAUGUAACGUUUAAACCAUUUUUGACUGUACAAUUCAGUGGCAUUAGAUACAUUCACAAUAUUGUAUAACCAUCAGCAAAUCUGUUUCCAAACUGUUUUAUCCAAAACAGAAACUCUGCACCCAUUAAACAGUAACUCUCCACUCUCCCCCUUCCCAUUUUUCUGUCUCAGAGAAUUUGCCUAUUCUAAGUACGUCAUAUAAGUGAGGUCAUAAAACAUUUGCCCUUUAUGUCCUGGCUUAUUUCAUUUAGCAUAAUGUCCUCAAGGUUCAUCCGUGUUGUAGCAGGUGUCAGGACGACAUUCUUUCUUUACAGCUGAAUAAUAACUGCACUGUUUGUAGAUACCAUGUUUUGUUUACCCAUGAUUUGUUGAUAGAUUACUUGGGUGUUUCUGCCUGUUGAUUAUUGUGCAUAAUGCUGCUAUGAACAUUGGUAUACCGAUCUGUACUUGUACUUUCCCUAUUUUCAGUACUUUGGGGUAUAAUCCUAGGAGUAAAGCUGCUGGAUCAUAUGGUAAUUCUAUGUUUAAGUUUCUGAAGAAUGGCCACACUUUUCCACAAUGGCAGUACUAU